UCCUGUUCGGUUGCUUCCGGUGAUAUUUGCUAACAUAUUAAUUUUGUUUUCUAGUGUUGUGUCUGUCGACUUUUCUGGUUAUUAGGCCACUGCCACGUUUUCGUAUUUGUUAAAACAACACAAUGAACCAACACCAAUUAUAAAUAUGUGUGAAUAUAACGGAAGCUCAUGAGAGAAGGUCAAGGCUGAAAAACAAAAAUGGAGUCGUGCAAUGCAGUUGAGAGAGAAGUUGAGAAAGUAUUUAACAAAUUUGCUGGCUUGAAGGACCAUUCAACCAAAAACCUUGAUGAAUUGUGCAAUUCAAUCCAAAGUAUACAGCGGGAGUUAGGUGACGGUGAAACACUAACAGCAACCCAAACCUUGAUAUUGACACAGACUGUUCGCAGGAUUAAAGAGGCAGUAUCACGCUUGGGACAGGAACAUAAAGAGCUUCAUAGCACUGUGUCUAAAGUCGGGAAAUCAAUUGACAGGAAUUUUGUCAAUGAUUUGACUUCCAUAGCAACAGAUGGGGCAUUUGAAGGAACGGAAAAAACUCACCUACUAAACGAAGUUGUCUGCGAACACUUUAUGAGACAGGGGAUGUUGGACAUUGCUGAUGCUCUUGUUGCGGAGGCAAACUUAGAAAUCGCAGGAGAGAAAAAAGAACCUUUCUUAGAAUUGCAUCGGAUACUUGGAGCGUUGAAACAAAAGAAUUUAGAACCAGCGUUAUGCUGGGCGACGUCAAAUAAAGACCGAUUACGAGAAAUUAACAGUUGCUUAGAGUUUAAGCUACAUAGAUUAAAGUUCAUUGACCUCCUACGUCAAGGACAUAUGUCUCAGACCGAGGCUUUAUACUACUCCCGACACCUGUCACAGUUUGCCAGCCAGUAUCCAAGAGACCUACAGGUACUGAUGGGCAGUAUGCUAUACCUAAGACAAGGUAUUGAGAAUUCUCCGUACGCCCAUCUGGUGGCCCCUAUCUACUGGGAGGAGAUCUGCGAUGUGUUUACAAGGGAUGCCUGCUGCCUUCUGGGCAUGUCUGUGGAGAGCCCCCUAAGUGUUAGUAUCCGAGCGGGUUGUCUAGCCUUACCUCCCCUACUAAAUAUCCGACAAGUGAUGCAGCAACGACAGGUGUCGGGAGUCUGGAGCAACAAGGACGAGUUACCGGUAGAGAUAGACUUGGGGAAGGAUUACCGAUACCACUCCACCUUCGCCUGUCCGAUCCUGCGCCAACAGACAACAGACACCAAUCCGCCCAUGAGGCUUAUUUGUGGUCAUGUGAUAUCAAAGGACGCCCUUACAAAACUUUCAAAUGGAACAAAGGUGAAGUGUCCUUACUGCCCUAUAGAACAGCUACCCAUGGAAGCCAAGCAGAUUUACUUCUGAGAGGCCAUGCUGAUUAAUGAAGUGGAAGUCAAAGGAUUGCCUUUUGGUGGGACUUACGUAGUGGGUGUAUUCUGCACAAGCUUGCUUCCAAAUCAAAAGUUUAAUUUGUGAAUUUUGUUUUGAGAGCAAGACACCGAUUUCUGUCAAUUUCAGUGAAGAUGUCUGGUGUUUCCUGCAAGAAUAUUGCUUCUACAGGGAAAUAAAUGUGGAAUUCUGUUUAUGAAGCCCUCAACGUUUCUAGAUGUGACUCACACUCAACGUUUUAGCAACUUCCUAGAGGUCAUAGUGCAACACUGACACCAUGGAGGUCACAUGUCAAUAUUGACACCAUGGAGGUCACAGGUCAACACUGACACCAUGGAGGUCACAUGUCAUAGUGCAACACUGACACCAUGGAGGUCACAGGUCAAUAUUAACACCAUGGAGGUCACAGGUCAAUAUUGACACCAUGGAGGCCAGAGGUCAACACUGACACCAUGGAGGUCACAUGUCAUAGUGCAACACUGACACCAUGGAGGUCACAGGUCAAUAUUGAUACCACGGAGGUCACAGGUCAAUAUUGACACCAUGGAGGUCACAGGUCAACACCAUGACAGCACAAGCAUGUUUCAGUCUGUGAUCUGACAGUAUUUUUUACAGAGUUUGUGCUUAGACUGAACUUGUAUAUAAUCAAGGGACAAAUUUCUGUUUGUAUUUAUAGUUAAAGUGAAAUAUCUUGGACCGGAGGUGUGCAACUUAAAACCCCCCACCAAACUAUUAAGCUAUUUUGAAGGACAAUGAACUUUUGAAAAUAGCAUUUCAAUAAACAUUUGCUCCUGGUACUGGAUUGCAUCCAUACCCCGUUAUUGUUAUGUACUGGGUUCUUUAUGUACUGCGUCAGUAACAUGUCUAUUGAACGACCCCGUUAUUGUAAUGUACUGGGUUCUUUAUGUACUGCGUCAGUAACAUGUCUAUUGAACGUCCCCGUUAUUGUAAUGUACUGUGUUCUUUAUGUUCUGCGUCAGUAACAUGUCUAUUGAACGACCCCGCUAUUGUAAUGUACUGGGUUCUUUAUGUACUGCGUCAGUAACAUGUCUAUUGAACGUCCCCGUUAUUGUAAUGUACUGUGUUCUUUAUGUUCUGCGUCAGUAACAUGUCUAUUGAACGACCCCGUUAUUGUAAUGUACUGUGUUCUUUAUGUACUGCGUCAGUAACAUGUCUAUUGAACGAUUCCUUUUUGAUGUACAGCAAUCCAGGGGAGACAAUCAAUUACAGUUGUAGGCCGGUGAUCAAGAUGUAAGAUGUUACAUAUGUUGGUAAAAUAGAAGAUUUAUCUGUUCCAAGUUUAAAUGUCUGUGAAAUGAAAUGUAAAAUAUGUGAUAUUUUCUGUAAUCAGUGACAUCCCUGUAAACACAUCAUUGCUGUUAAAGGAUCCCCGUGUUACUGCCAAAAACGAAGUCCAUGUAUUGGAUAACCAUGAUGUCAUUUUUGAAAGAAACCAUGCAUUGUGGUAUUUUUAUGGAAAUAAUAAAGAGAAAAUAAACAAAAUAUAAUGGAUAAGAGUGUCUGAGUGUAGAACAUUGGGUGGGGCUAGACCAGGAUUUAAACCCUGGACAUGAGAUUGCUAUUCUAUCGCUGUAACCAAUGGAGUUACCUGGUCAAUGGAACCCUGGACACCAGAUUGCUAUUCUAUCGCUGUAACCAAUACUCCACCUGGUCAAUGGAACCCUGGACACCAGAUUGCUAUUCUAUCGCUGUAACCAAUGGAGUUACCUGAUCAAUGGUACUCUGGACACCAGAUUGCUAUUCUAUCGCUGUAAUUAAUGGAGUUACCUGGUCAAUGGAAGUGUGCUAGCCCAAUAUUAAUUGUACUACAGUUACGUCCAAACGGAAGUCAAGGUGACUGUAUAGGAAUAAUGGCAGUGAAGUGGGACAGUGAUCCUACAGAGAAUCUUUUGUACCACAAUUGACCUUUGAGAUAAUGUUUUGACCCCUAAAAUUGGUUUUGACUCUUGAACAGAACAGGUCUAGUUAACAUGUGGCAGUGUUUUGACAUCCAAAUAUAAGGAAACAUGUUAUUUGACUUGUGAAAUUGCAGCAUUUUAAGGGUCAGCUGAAAGUCCUGGUGCCGGUAUGUGUUUUAUCACGGGUACAUAACCACUUUGCCAAGUUAUGAUGAAUAGAAUCAAGGCCAAGUGGCAUAUUUAAUAUUUCUAAUCAAAACAAUGUCUUCUCUCUCAGAUUUAGUAUUAAAUUUCUGUCUCCUGGCGGUUUUUGUUGCUCUUUGUGGAUAAAGAAAUGUAAAUAAAUAUCUGUCGAUUUCAGAGCUAGUUAAAAAGCUGAUUGUACAGAAGGUGUAAAUAUUCUGUGUUGUUGUAGUGUAACGUUUGUUUUAUCAUUGUUUCUAUUUAUUCCUAAUGUUAAGAACUUGGGUAAGAUGCCCACCAGAUCAUUCUCAGUCUUACAGGAAUUUACUUCACCCAGACUUUGCCCGAUUGGUCGGGCAGCACUGAGAUGUCAGUAGUGAUUAAAAGGAGACGAUAGUUGUUCCAAAUAUAAACAGACAACCGCUGUAGGAUCAAUUAUCUGGAUAACUUGGGUGAUCUGUCGAGCAGAUUAGCCGAUAGGCCAAGUGUACUAGGUGGUCAGUCAAUAGUCUGUCAAAAGUCCAGUGGUCCCUUUUUUAGUGGAUAUGAUGAUUUGUCAAGUGGAUCAGUGGGUUGUUCAAAUGUACCUGGUGAUCUUUCAAGGGGAUGAUUGGUCAAGUGGGACAUUGGGUUGGUCAAAUGUACCUGGUGAUCUUUCAAGGGGAUGAUUGGUCAAGUGGGACAUUGGGUUGGUCAAAUGUACCUGGUGAUCUUUCAAGGGGAUGAUUGGUCAAGUGGGACAUUGGGUUGGUCAAAUGUACCUGGUGAUCUUUCAAGGGGAUGAUUGGUCAAGUGGGACAUUGGGUUGGUCAAAUGUACCUGGUGAUCUUUCAAGGGGAUGAUUGGUCAAGUGGGACAUUGGGUUGGUCAAAUGUACCUGGUGAUCUUUCAAGGGGAUGAUUGGUCAAGUGGGACAUUGGGUUGGUCAAAUGUACCUGGUGAUCUUUCAAGGGGAUGAUUGGUCAAGUGGGACAUUGGGUUGGUCAAAUGUACCUGGUGAUCUUUCAAGGGGAUGAUUGGUCAAGUGGGACAUUGGGUUGGCAAAUGUUCAAUUAGAGAGGAUGAUUGGUCAAGUGUCUUGGUCAAUUAUGGACAAAGUGACCUUUCUAGGGUGAUUGGUCAAGUGGGACAGUGGUUUGGUCAAAUGGACAAAGUGACCUUUCAAGUAGAGAGGAGUGUAACAUGUUAGUCAAAUGCAGCUGGUGACCUUUCUAGGGUGAUUGGUCAAAUAUACUGUAGGUGAUCAGUCAAGUUUACCAUCAGUAUGACACUGUAGGUGAUCAGUAGUUUACCAUCAGUAUGACACUGUAGGUGAUCAGUAGUUUACCAUCAGUAUGACACUGUAGGUGAUCAGUAGUUUACCAUCAGUAUGACACUGUAGGUGAUCAGUAGUUUACCAUCAGUAUGACACUGUAGGUGAUCAGUAGUUUACCAUCAGUAUGACACUGUAGGUGAUCAGUAGUUUACCAUCAGUAUGACACUGUAGGUGAUCAGUAGUUUACCAUCAGUAUGACACUGUAGGUGAUCAGUAGUUUACCAUCAGUAUGACACUGUAGGUGAUCAGUAGUUUACCAUCAGUAUGACACUGUAGGUGAUCAGUAGUUUACCAUCAGUAUGACACUGUAGGUGAUCAGUAGUUUACCAUCAGUAUGACACUGUAGGUGAUCAGUAGUUUACCAUCAGUAUGACACUGUAGGUGAUCAGUAGUUUACCAUCAGUAUGACACUGUAGGUGAUCAGUAGUUUACCAUCAGUAUGACACUGUAGGUGAUCAGUAGUUUACCAUCAGUAUGACACUGUAGGUGAUCAGUAGUUUACCAUCAGUAUGACACUGUAGGUGAUCAGUAGUUUACCAUCAGUAUGACACUGUAGGUGAUCAGUAGUUUACCAUCAGUAUGACACUGUAGGUGAUCAGUAGUUUACCAUCAGUAUGACACUGUAGGUGAUCAGUAGUUUACCAUCAGUAUGACACUGUAGGUGAUCAGUAGUUUACCAUCAGUAUGACACUGUAGGUGAUCAGUAGUUUACCAUCAGUAUGACACUGUAGGUGAUCAGUAGUUUACCAUCAGUAUGACACUGUAGGUGAUCAGUAGUUUACCAUCAGUAUGACACUGUAGGUGAUCAGUAGUUUACCAUCAGUAUGACACUGUAGGUGAUCAGUAGUUUACCAUCAGUAUGACACUGUAGGUGAUCAGUAGUUUACCAUCAGUAUGACACUGUAGGUGAUCAGUAGUUUACCAUCAGUAUGACACUGUAGGUGAUCAGUAGUUUACCAUCAGUAUGACACUGUAGGUGAUCAGUAGUUUACCAUCAGUAUGACACUGUAGGUGAUCAGUAGUUUACCAUCAGUAUGACACUGUAGGUGAUCAGUAGUUUACCAUCAGUAUGACACUGUAGGUGAUCAGUAGUUUACCAUCAGUAUGACACUGUAGGUGAUCAGUAGUUUACCAUCAGUAUGACACUGUAGGUGAUCAGAAGUUUACCAUCAGUAUGACACUGUAGGUGAUCAGUCAAGUUUACCAUCAGUAUGACACUGUAGGUGAUCAGUCAAGUUUACCAUCAGUAUGACACUGUAGGUGAUCAGUAGUUUACCAUCAGUAUGACACUGUAGGCGACACUGUAACAUUAUAAAAUAAUAGGAUUUGUAUUACAUGUAAUACAUAUUUAUAUCGAGAAUAAACUGCUGUGUAUCAAGGAGACCACACCGUUUAUCUCUGACACUAUCCCACUUCACGGUAUCUUGAACAACAGAUUUUAGUAAAUGAAGGUUUGGUUAUUUGGUACAAACUUUGAGUUGUUUAAAUGAUAGAACUAAUUGACUUAUUGUUUUGUCCUUAAAAAAAAAGAGAAUAAAUUGUUGAUUUUUA